GUGUGUUGUGUGUUGCGGGAGCGUUCGACGAAGGUCCCAACACAAGAAAAAAUUCAAAGAAAAAAAUAAAUUUGAAAUGAAAUAAAAUUUUUUGAUAAUACAAGACGUAAAAAAAUACGAAAAAAAUAAUUGAAAAAAUUGAUAAAUUAAAAAAAAAUCGAAAAAUCGACGGAUUAAAUGAAACAUUUGAAAAAAAUUAGUUUAAAAUAAUUUAAAUAAAAAAAAGGAACACAAAAAUGAGCAAAAACCCAGACCCAAAAAGGGGUCUGCGGAACAUCUCCUCCUACUUUAGCACAACAAAUUUUUUAUAUUCUUUACUUAUUUUACAUUUUUUCCUGCUCGAUUUGGAUUUUGCUCAAGCAGCGACUUGUAACACGACAUUAUGUGAUUGUAAGGGUUUAAAAGGAAAACUCGGGCAUCAAGGACCUAUUGGAUUUCCGGGACCUGAAGGACCUCCGGGAGAUACGGGAUACGAUGGACCUCCAGGUCGUCCCGGCAUUGUCGGAGAAUUCGGUGAAUAUGGAUCGCAGGGUGAUAAGGGAUAUCGAGGAGAUUCAGGAGAACCUGGAUAUCCUGGUGUGCCUGGAAUUCCUGGAUUGCCAGGAGAAGAAGGCCCUCGAGGACCACGUGGAUUAGAUGGUUGUAACGGAACUGAUGGGCAAAUGGGACGUCCUGGAUAUCCUGGAGGACCAGGAGUUAGAGGACCUCCGGGAGAAGUUGGUUUCCGCGGAGCUCCCGGCGAUGCUGGAGAAGGCGGCACAAACUCCAAAGGAACAAAAGGUGUUCGCGGUGACGAUGGAAGACCUGGAUUACACGGGCAACCUGGAUAUCGCGGAUUGAUGGGACCCAAAGGAGAAAUGGGCGAAAGUGGAUUCGAUGGAUAUCCCGGGCCAAAAGGAGAACAAGGUUUUCAGGGAGAACCUGGACCAAGAGAUUGUCAUGGCGCCAAGGGAGAAAAAGGCGAAGCAGGAAUAAAAUAUUUGAUCCAACCAAAAGGUGUCGUUCAACGAGGACCUCGCGGCGACAUGGGCCCGAAAGGUUUCAAAGGACAAACUGGCGACGCUGGAAUGCACGGAUUGCCCGGAAGAGACGGCAGAGUUGGAACAAAAGGCAUGAAGGGAGACGAAGGCGCUCUCGGUGAUCGUGGAAAAGUCGGAAAACCCGGACCAAGCGGAGUUGCCGGCGAAAAGGGAUCAAAAGGAGCUCCGGGAUAUGCGGGACAAGACGGUUUGCACGGAUUGAAAGGCGAACCGGGAGAAGAUGGAAAUAUUGGUUUGCCUGGCGUUCAAGGUGUUGUUGGAGCUCCUGGCGUGUACGAUCCAACACUCGAUCAAGUCACUGUGGGUCCUCAAGGACCUCAAGGUCGUUUGGGAGAACCUGGUUUGCGUGGCGAAGCAGGAAUUCCCGGAGAAACGGGACGUCGUGGGCUUCUUGGAUUGCCCGGAUUGAACGGAGAUCCUGGAUUUGAUGGUUUGCCAGGCCCGAAAGGAAGUUCGGAGCGCGGUCAAGUUGGAGAUGAAGGCGAAUCAGGUCCUCCGGGUCCCAUUGGAUUGCAAGGAAUGCCCGGGCCUGUUGGGAAAAAAGGAGCUGUGGGACUUCCAGGAGUCAGUAUCGUUGGAUUGAAGGGAGAACCAGGCAAAGAUGGACUUCCAGGUUUUCCAGGAUAUGCAGGAGAACGCGGAGAGCGAGGUUAUCCCGGAGAAAAAGGUCUUCCCGGAAUUGGUUUUAAUAUUACGGGACCUCCAGGACCUCAAGGUUUGCCCGGAAGAAAGGGAGAACGUGGUUUAGAUGGAAGAAACGGAUGGCCAGGAGAAAAAGGAGACAAAGGACCUCGUGGUGAUGACUGCGGAUAUUGUCCCAAUGGUCUUCCCGGAGAGAAAGGAGAUUACGGAAAUAUUGGGCUUCCAGGAGUUCCCGGAAUAAGAGGACCUCCAGGUCGUCGAGGACUUCCCGGAGCAAAAGGUUUGCCUGGAAAACAAGGAAUGAUCGGAUUUCCCGGAGUACCUGGAACUCCCGGAAGCGAUGGCAACGCUGGUGUUAUGGGUCCUCGAGGUCGUGAAGGAAAAGUCAUCUACGUUGGUGAAAAAGUCGAAGCUGAGCCCGGAGAUGAAGGAGAUGCCGGAUAUCCAGGAUUAACAGGACUUCCUGGCGAUCGCGGAAGAAUUGGAUAUCCCGGUUUGAAAGGAGAACGCGGAGCAAAGGGAUGGCAAGGAGACGAUGGUUUCCCCGGACUUCCCGGCAAAAACGGAACUGACGGAUACGAAGGCAAAGAUGGACGUCCCGGAGCUCCUGCUGAUCCCCGUUACAAACUCUAUUAUCGCGGAGAAUCUGGAUUGCCAGGAUUAAAGGGAGAACGCGGAGAUCCAGGAGAAGAUGGUAUUCAAGGACCUCCCGGAGAUGCUGCGGAUCCAAUUGUCAUGCAAAAGGGAGAUAUGGGAGUCAAGGGAGAACCCGGAGAUCGAGGCGAAUACGGACCAACGGGACGUAAAGGAAUUCGCGGAGAUGGCGGAUUUAAUGGACCUCGAGGAAGACCUGGAUUGCCAGGACCUGAAAUUCCAGGAAUUCCCGGCGUCAAAGGCUUACCUGGAUUCCCCGGAGAUGUUGGUCCAAUGGGAGCUCCCGGAGAAGAUGGAAUUGACGGAGCGCCUGGCAUCGAUGGUCUCGAUGGCUUGAAAGGAGAACGCGGAGAGCCUGGGCAAGAUUUGUUGUAUGGCGAUAUGGGUCCCGAUGGUGAUGGCGGCGAAUACGGAGAACCUGGAGACAAAGGUUAUCCCGGAUAUCCUGGAUUACGUGGAGCUCCUGGCUUGCGUGGCGCCAAGGGAGAAAAGGGAAAUAUUGGACCUUAUGGGCGAGAAGGUAUGCGAGGCAACAAAGGUAUGCGCGGAGACAUCAUUUAUGGAGAUCCUGGCGAAAUGGGACCUCCUGGUUUGGAUGGCGCUCCAGCUCCGUACGGGCAAAAAGGACAACCUGGAGAAACGGGAUACAGUGGACCGACUGGUGUCAAAGGCAUGCGUGGAGAUGAAGGAGAAGUUGGUUUCACAGGCUUCCCCGGCGACAUCGGAGACACAGGAUUCCCCGGAUUGCCAGGUCGCGACGGCUAUCCCGGCGUUGAAGGAGAACAAGGGCUUCGUGGUGAUAUCGGAGACACAGGAAAUCAAGGUAUAAGCGGAAGACGAGGCGGUAUGGGUGCUUAUGGACUCAAAGGAUUACCUGGAGAUAAGGGUGCUCCUGGCGAUUUCGGAAGAAAUGGACUUCCAGGAUUGAAGGGCUUACGUGGCGAUUAUGGACUUCCUGGCUUACAAGGACCUAAAGGAGAUCGCUCAUUCAGCGGCGAUAAGGGAGAAGAAGGCACGCCUGGAUAUCCCGGAUUAGUUGGCGCUCCAGGUCGUGACGGUCUUCCAGGUUUAAAGGGAGAACGUGGCGAUGAUGGUUUAAUCAUUGAUGGCGAAGUUGGUCUUAAAGGUCCCAAGGGAGAUCACGGAAGAAACGGAUUCUACGGAAGACGCGGAUUCAAAGGCGAACGAGGAGAUGUUGGUUACGUUGGACCUCAAGGAUUGCGUGGAGAGCCCGGACAAAAUGGAUUUAACGGAAUUAAAGGAAGAGAUGGACGUCCCGGAUUGAUGGGAAUCAAAGGCGAAAUGGGUCCAUGGGGAGAAAUCGGAGACACAGGAGAGCCCGGAGACGAAGGAUGGCCCGGAAGAAGUGGCUUAAAAGGAGAUUACGGAGAGCCUGGAUUAGUUGGUUUACCCGGAAGACAAGGACCUGAAGGAGACAAAGGUUCACAAGGUCCAAUGGGAUUCGCUUCUCGCGGAUUUGCUGCCAAAGGAGAACCCGGCGUGCCUGGAUAUCAAGGAAUGCAAGGUCCAAAAGGUAGAGAAGGCUUACCUGGAAGACGUGGUUUCCCCGGAAGAAAGGGAGAACGCGGAGACGUUGGAUUUGCGGGAGAAGAUGGUACUACGGGCCCAACAGGACGUAAAGGAGUCAUGGGAAAUCGCGGUUUGCGCGGAUUGAGAGGCGAUCGUGCUGAAUUCGCACAACCCGGAGAACCAGGAAAUCCCGGAUGGGAUGGAAUUCCAGGUCGUGCUGGAGCUCCAGGACCAAAAGGUGCUCCCGGCGAUUACGGAGAUGAUGGUUUGCCUGGAUUGCCUGGUCUUCCCGGAGAAACAUUCGAUGGAAUCAAAGGUUUGCCAGGAGAUCACGGAGUUACGGGACCUCGUGGUUUGCACGGAUUAAAUGGACUUCCAGGAUUGCCGGGAGCUCCAGGUGAUUUUGGACCAAAAGGACCUCGAGGAAAUAUUGGAGUUUCUUUCCGUGGACCGAAAGGAGAACAUGGCGAUCGUGGAUUGCCGGGACUUGAUGGGCGUGAUGGAAUGCCAGGAUUCAUUGGAGAUAAAGGCUUCCCAGGUCCCCGAGGUCUUCCUGGAUUGUACGGAUUGAAGGGAGAACACGGAGAACCCGGAGUUGAUGGCUUACACGGGCGUGUUGGCAUCCGAGGAAGAAAGGGAGAGCGUGGAGAUCCCUAUCCAAUUCGCUAUCCAGGCAUCGGUUUGCCAGGUUUUGAUGGCCCCAAAGGUAUCAAAGGCGAAGAAGGUGAUGUUGGUUUGCAAGGCAGACCCGGAAUCACAGGACGUCGCGGUUUCAAAGGUGUUCGCGGCGACAUCGGUCCCGAAGGUUUUUACGGCGAAGUUGGCUUCAAAGGAGAACGCGGAAUGCCCGGAGCUCGUGGUUUAACAGGUUUAGAAGGACUUCCCGGCGAACCUGGUUUACCCGGAGAUCCAGCACCGCCUCCGCCAGCUGCCAGAAGUCGUGGAUUUGUCUUCACACGUCACUCGCAAACCAUCGAAAUUCCCCAAUGUCCCGAUAAUACGCAUCUUUUGUGGACUGGAUACUCGCUGGCAAGCACGAUCGGCAGCAGUAUGACUGUCGGACAAGAUCUCGGCAAAGCUGGUUCAUGCUUGCAACGUUUCACGACAAUGCCGUUCCUCGUGUGCGACGUCAACAACAUUUGCAACUAUGCGCAAAGCAACGACGACAGCUUGUGGUUGUCCACAGACGAACCGAUGCCGAUGUCAAUGGCACCCUUCCGUGAACGCGAAAUCGAAAAGUACAUUUCGCGAUGCGCCGUUUGCGAAACCAGAACACGUCUCAUCGCCAUUCACAGUCAGGAGAUGAAUAUUCCCGAAUGUCCGCGUGGAUGGGGCGAAAUGUGGCACGGAUACAGCUAUUUGAUGCACACGAGCGACAAUGCUGGCGGCGCCGGACAAGAUCUCAUCUCGCCCGGGUCGUGUCUCGAGGAAUUCCGCGCACAACCGAUGGUCGAGUGUCACGGCGACGGCAAAUGCAAUUAUUACGACACGAUGACGUCGUUCUGGUUGACAACAAUUGACGAAAAUGCGCAAUUCUCGAUGCCGCAACAGAAAACUCUCAAGGCCGAUCAAACGAGCAAAGUUAGUCGUUGUGUGGUUUGUCGCAAAAUUGCCGUGGAUCGUCCGUCAAAUGGCAACGGGUUCCCCGCAGCGUCGGAAUUCAGAAGAAGAACGUCUGUCGUUUCGCCGCCACGUCGCCCACAAUAUCCGCCACAAAAUAACUGGCAACCGGAUUACUGGCGAAACCCCAAUUAUCGCCGAACGGGAUAAAAUUUAGAAAAAAAAACUUUCCUUCUUUGUAAUUUUUAAGAUUUAAUCAUUAGAUGUGCCAUUUAUCGUCUUCAUUCGAGAUAUGUAAUAAAAAAAAUAGGUGUUCAAGCGAAAGUCAUAGAAAAAUGCCAAAAACCAGUUAAUUUAAAGUGCUUCUUAAUAAGUCUUCGAUCGAUAUAGAAAUAAAAUGAUAAUAUAUAUUUUAUAUUAAUUGUAAACUCUAAAUAUUUCCAAACUGCCAACAAAUUGUAUAAUUAAUAAAAUAAU